CCAAGGCCCAGAAUUGACGAGCUGCUGCUUUUACCCUCCGGCAGCCGCCGCCGCGCUCGCUGAUACUCCAUCACGCCGCCGCCCGCCGCGCGCGCGCAAUGGUGCAUCCCCCAUUUCCCCGCAGCAGCCGCGCUCUCUCCUUGAAGCGAUGAUUGCAUGAUUGGGGGAAAAGCCAUUGAAGCAUCUCGCAGCCGCCCGGGCGCGAGCUAGUGACCUUGGUGAAUUGGGGAUCUUGCAUUGCUUGCACUCUGUUCGUGGCUGCCAUCCUUCUUCCCUCCACUGGCCGGUCUGAUUCUGUCCGUGGGUACCAGGGGAUGGCGCCUCUGACGAGGCACCGGAAGAAAUCCCUUGCCGCGGCACCUCCAGAUCUGGUGAUCGAUCCAGCCGACCGCAUCAGCAAGCUUCCGGAGAUCCAGGCGCAGAUCCUGUCGUUCCUGCCGGCGCAGGAGGCCGUGCGGACGUGCGUCCUCGCGCGGACCUGGCGCAACGUCUGGAGGUUCACCAGACGCCUGCUCAUCGCGGGCAAGUCCGUGGAGGAGGUCCGCGAAUUCGUGGAUCGCCUGCUUCGCGUCCGCCGCGGCGGGCUCGAGCUCGCGCCCCUCGACGCGAGCGAGAUCAGGUUCGAUCCGUUCGCGGAGGCGGAGGAUUACGGGGAGGCCAGGCUUGACGGCAUGUCCAGCAUCAACAGAUGGAUCUGUUGGGUUCUGAAUUGUCAAAUCCGGAUGCUCCGGAUCGACAUAUCUGCUCGAACCAGCUUUGACGUCUACUUGCAGAUGAGCGCAACGCCCCUCCUCGUCUCGCGGCACUUGACCAGGUUAGAACUCACAGGCGUAUUGUUCGUCCAUCGUUGCCUCAACCUGGAUGGCUGUCCUGCGUUGGAGCAUCUGGAGAUUAAAGAAUGCUGCUUGCAAUAUGUGAGGAAGAUCACUUCCCUGUCACUGAAGUGCCUAGUCAUCACAUCCUGCGAGUCCAAUUCCGCUCGUCACAGCAUUCAGAUUUGUGUUCCACGUCUAGUUUCUCUGUGCCUGGAUAACGAUGAUGUCAGGACUCCCUUGCUGGAGAGUAUGCCAGAGUUGGUGUGGGCAAAGGUCCGGAUUGACACAUAUGUGGACAACUUAUAUCGUGAAGAUCUCAUGGUUUGUUAUCAGUUAUCACGUUACCCAGGCUUUAGAUAUUGAUUCUGAUUCUGAUAGCGAUGGCAGCGAAGAAGGUUGGGGUGAUUAUGCUAGACAAAAUUUCACAAAGUGCGUGGUCCUUGAAGGUUUAGCACAAGCUAAAGAUCUAGUGCUGAUAGCUAAUCGCUCAACGAAUAUUUUCAGAAGGGAUUUGAAGUGGUGCCCCACAUUUUCCAAGUUGAAGACCCUGGUACUCAAUGAUUACUCGUAUGAAUCUACAGAUUGCAGUGCACUAGCCUGUAUGCUUCAACAUGCACCAGUUUUAGAGAAGCUCACUGUCCUUUUCUGUAAUACGGUUCGUAGAAGGCAACUACCAUUGCAGUUUGAGUUGUAUAGCACAUUAUUAUUUAUCUAUCUUGGUGACAUCAUUUGAUUGCAUCCUGAAGGUUCAACUCAAAUAUGACGUGGUAGUGGAAGGACGCCCUGAUGCAAAAGGGAAAUCAUCUAUGAUAUCGCAACACCUUAAGAUAGUCGAGGUCAAAUGUUUUGAGGUCGAUCAAAGGCUUCUCAAUCUUCUCAAAUUUCUGGGCUCACUUAACAUAUGGUUUCGGUUCAGAGUGACAAAAGGUUCCAAAAGAAUAUGAACAAACUAUCACUAUAAAUCAAUGCCGAGCUCAGUCAUGAAAAGUACCAUAGUAUGCUAUCUGUCUGUUUAUUCCUAAGUCCUAGGAACAUGAUCUCCAGAAUUGCUUAUUAAUUAUCUGGCAGGCUAUACAGGGCUAUGUGGUUUUUACAACCAUGCUACCUAACAGACACCUAUAGGAGUCAUCAUAUAUCAUAUAUAUUGUUUCUUAUAUUAUAACAGUUCUGGAAAUGUUCAGAUAUUACUGCAUUUCAACUUUC